UCGAAGAAACGAAUGAUGAUCGGCGUUUUUGCAGGAGCACCGUACACGGAUUCCAGCCAGGUUAAGAUAUCCGGCUGCGACAAGCCGCCGUGCAAGCUGAAACGAGGGACCAGGGCAUGGGUGGAGCAGAAGUUUGUGGCCGGCCACGACACCAGCACCGUAACCAACUCCGUCUUCGCCAUGGUGCUCUCCGUGCCGUUGCCGUUCGUCGGCGUCGACGGAACCAGCGCGUGCGAAAGCAUCUUCAACGCUGACGGCACCCCCGCCUCGUGCUCGCUCAAGCAGGGCACCGAGUACAUUUACAAGCGCGAGUUCGCCAUCCUACCAGUCUACCCUACGGUGAGAACUUCCCCCUGUAGCCGCGCGUUCUCCCUAUUUCGUUGCCGUAACGUCUCCGUGUCCGAUGUCUUCGACACUUCGACUGCCACGCCAACCAUCUCGAAAAGUUGCAUUAAAUGAAACCAUUGUAUUUAAUCGAAUUAAAAUUGAAAAGUUAGGUCGUAUCACCUCGAUAA